AUGGAGGGCGCAGGGCCCCGAGGGGCUGGGCCGGCGCGGCGCCGGGGAGCCGGGGGGCCGCUGCCGCCGCUGCUGCCGCCGCUGCUGUUGCUGCUGCUCUGGCUGCUGCCUGGCCCCGCGGCGCCCCAGGAGCUGAACCCGCGCGGCCGCAACGUGUGCCGUGCGCCCGGCUCCCAGGAGCCCACGUGCUGCGCCGGCUGGAGGCAGCAGGGGGACGAGUGUGGGAUCGCGGUGUGCGAAGGCAACUCCACGUGCUCGGAGAACGAGGUGUGCGUGCGGCCGGGCGAGUGCCGCUGCCGCCAUGGCUACUUCGGUGCCAACUGCGACACCAAGUGCCCGCGCCAGUUCUGGGGACCCGACUGCAAGGAGCUGUGUAUCUGCCACCCGCAUGGGCAGUGCGAGGACGUGACCGGCCAGUGUACGUGUCACGCGCGGCGCUGGGGAGCACGCUGCGAGCAUGCGUGCCAGUGCCAGCACGGCGCGUGCCACCCGCGGAGUGGCGCGUGUCGCUGCGAGCCUGGCUGGUGGGGCACUCAAUGCUCCAGCGCGUGCUACUGCAGCGCCACAUCGCGCUGCGACUCACAGACGGGCGCGUGCCUGUGCCACGCAGGCUGGUGGGGCCGCAGCUGCAACAAUCAGUGUGCCUGCAACACGUCGCCGUGCGAGCAACAGAGCGGUCGCUGCCAGUGCCGCGAGCGAACGUUCGGCGCGCGCUGCGAACGCUACUGUCAGUGCUUCCGCGGCCGCUGCCACCCUGUGGACGGCACGUGCGCCUGUGAGCCGGGCUACCGCGGCAAGUACUGCCGGGAGCCGUGCCCUGCCGGCUUCUACGGCCUUGGCUGUCGCCGCCGAUGCGGUCAGUGCAAGGGCCAGCAGCCGUGCACGGUGGCGGAGGGCCGCUGUCUGACCUGCGAGCCCGGCUGGAACGGCACCAAGUGCGACCAGCCUUGCGCCACCGGCUUCUACGGCGAGGGUUGCAGCCACCGCUGCCCGCCGUGCCGCGAUGGGCACGCCUGCAACCACGUCACUGGCAAGUGCACGCGCUGCAACGCGGGCUGGAUCGGCGACCGGUGCGAGACCAAGUGCAGCAAUGGCACUUACGGUGAAGACUGUGCAUUCGUGUGCGCCGACUGCGGCAACGGCCACUGCGACUUCCAGUCCGGGCGAUGCCUGUGUAGCCCUGGCGUCCACGGGCCCCACUGUAACCUGACUUGCCCGCCGGGGCUCCAUGGCGUGGACUGCGCCCAGGCCUGCAGUUGCCAUGAGGACUCGUGCGACCCGGUAACUGGUGCCUGCCGCCUGGAGACCAACCAGCGCAAGGGCGUGAUGGGCGCGGGCGCACUGCUCGCCCUGCUUCUGGGUCUGCUGCUCUCGCUGCUCGGCUGUUGCUGCGCCUGCCGCGGCAAGGACCCCGUGCGCAGGGAGCUCUCACUUGGGAGGAAGAAGGCGCCGCAACGACUGUGCGGGCGCUUCAGUCGCAUCAGCAUGAAGCUACCCCGGAUCCCGCUCCGCAGGCAGAAGCUACCCAAGGUCGUAGUGGCCCACCACGACCUGGAUAACACGCUCAACUGCAGCUUCCUGGAGCCACCAUCAGGGCUGGAGCAGCCCUCGCCAUCAUGGUCCUCCCGAGCCUCCUUCUCUUCCUUUGACACCACUGAUGAAGGUCCUGUGUACUGCGUACCCCACGAGGAGGCAACAACCGAGAGCCGAGACCGGGAAGUCCCCACCGCCCCUGCCGAGGCUCAGGUGUCGUCCCCCGCAACAGUGACCACGCCAGCGUUGUCGUCGGACACGACGCCUCUCCCUGCGUCCUCUGACAGCGAGCGGUCAGCAUCCAGCGUGGAGGGGCCUGGUGGUGCGCUGUAUGCACGCGUGGCCCGCCGCGAGGUCCGGCCGGCCCGGGCCCCGGGAGAGGCUGGAGGCCUGUCACUUUCACCAUCGCCAGAGCGCAGGAAACCGCCGCCACCCGACCCUGCCACCAAACCCAAGGUGUCUUGGAUCCACGGCAAGCACGGUGCCACUGGCGCUGCCCGUGCGCCUUCACCACCAACCCUGGGCCUAGAGGUGGCGCCCAGCCCCAGCAAGAGGAAACGGACGCCCAGCGACACAUCGGCGCGGCCAGAGGAGCCCGGCAGUCCCCGGACCCAGGACCCGACGCCACGGCCCCCAGGGCUGGCUGAGGAGGAGCCAGCUCUCGCCGCGCCGUCACCGCCCCGGGCUCGGGCGCGGGGCCGCGGCCCUGGCCUCUCGGAGCCCACGGACGCUAGCGGUCCCCCGCGCAGCGCGCCCGAGGCCGCUUCCAUGCUGGCCGCGGAGCUGCGCGACAAGACUCGCAGCCUGGGCCGCGCCGAGGGGACCCCGAGUACACAGAGCCCCCGGGAGAAGCCGGCGCCACCGCAGAAGGCCAAGCGUUCUGUGCUGCCCGCCUCGCCGGCCCGCACGCCCCCGGCGCCCGAAGCCCCAGGUCCCGAGAAGGUGGCGGCGGGCGCACUGGUGCCCGACACCCCCCGGAAGAAGAUCCCCAUCCAGAAGCCACCGCGCAAGAAGAGCCGGGAAGCGACGGGCGAGCUGGGCAGGGCGGGCGCACACACCCCGUAG